GGCUACCUUUACGCACAGCUCAUGUCUGCGUGCAGCUGUUUUCUAUUUGAAAAUAAGGAAUUGGUUUUCCCCAGUGAAACACUUGCUUAUCUGUGAUGGCUUUCACUAUGCUGAGGCCGGUGUCGACUCAUCCCUUCACUUUCCCCGCUGACCUGACCUUGAUUUCGGACGACGAGGAGGGGAACCGCAGUGAGAGCGACGGCAGUACAGACCAGGGCUACCACUGCUGCGGGACUCCGGGGGAGAGUUACCGGCGGGAGUCCGGUGGCGUGGUGGUGCGGCAGCGGAACGCCGCUAACGCCAGGGAGAGACACCGCACCCAGAAUGUCAACACGGCUUUCACGACGCUGCGGACACUUAUCCCUACGGAACCAGUGGACAGAAAACUCUCCAAAAUCGAGACGCUGCGCCUAGCGUCAAGCUAUAUCUCCCACUUGGCCAACGUGCUUGUUGUCGGGGACGGGAGGGAGAACGGCCAGCCGUGCCUGAGUGCUGUCUACAAGGAGCUGAAGGGGAGUGGAGAGGGCCAACAGCCCAGAACUAUCUGCACAUUCUGCCUAAGCAACCAACGGAAAGCGGUGACAGACCGACGAGACUGUGUGAAAAUGCAUGGGAACAUUGGGAGACAAAUAAGUCGGUGAUGAUACUGUCUGACCUGGAGUAGGAGUGGAGCUUGUCUUCUGAGCAGACCCUGGCAAAAACUCGAGCGGACAUUCCUAGAGACUAGAACCAUUUCAGCAUGACAUCAGUCUUAAAGGACUACUUUGACUUUUUCGGAGUUUGCCUCAUUGGUCACUUUACAGUAUAUGAGAUGGGAAGAUUGGCACCAAUACAAUCUGUGUGUCACCAGCAGAUGAAUAAACUCUUUCCAGUGUACAAACUAACGUCAUAGGGGAAUAUAGUAAACAUUGAGUAAAUUAGAAUGUAAAGCUGCUAUGUGGUCCUGAAUGUUCUUUUAAUUUUAAUGACAAAUCUGCCUAGUAUUUUAUGGGGAUUGGUGAAACGGGCAUACAGUGAAAUUCUAUACAAUCAUUGAUCUUUCAGGACUAGAGUAUCCCUUGGCCUGAUUCUCUAAGCAUAAUUUUGUUAUUUACACAGAAUAUUUAUAAGCCAUAGAAUAGACAAUAUUGCCUGCUCUGGAUUACUAAAAGGUUUAUAAUCAUACAGUACCAUGGAUAAUAUUAAGCACCGAUAACAGAUUGUGCCUUUAAGUAAUCAUAUACUUAAUAGCACAACCUGUAAUCCAAAUGUAAAUAAAAGGAUAUCCUUACCAUUUGAGUUCAAAACAAAAUAAGUGGUAAUUUUGAUUAACUUAAAGUUCUUGUAAUAUAUGAACUGACAACAGAUGAUAACUACAACAAAUUUAUGUAGUUACAAGGUUUUGUGGUCCUGGUAAAGGUUUGUGUACAUAAAUAUUUGUCUUUCUUAUUCAGAGGUCAAACUCUUUAUUUAUGCAUGUAAAACACAAGUAAUUUAUAGUAUCAAAUAAUUGACCUUUAAAUAUUGAAGGAUCUAUCAGAAACACUGAGAUGCUUUUGGUGCCGGUCUCCUUAUAUACUGUAUUAGGUGAAAUAUUCAUGAGACAAAACUCGAAUAAAAGUUGGCAUUGUUCUUUAAGAUGAAACUAAGUACUAGUAGUUUGGGGAAGCUUGGCUCACAGAGCAGUUUCAGGAAUAAAACAUAAGAGGACA